AUGAAUCCUCCAGGCUUCAAGGGUUCAAGCACCGCAGAGGAUCCGGGAAAUUUUAUAAAGGAACUGCAAAAGGUGUUUGAGGUUAUGCAUGUUGUCGAUGCUAAGCGAGUGGAACUAGCUUCCUAUCAACUGAAGUGUAAUACGAGGACUUGGUUUGACCAGUGGAAGAAGAGUAGGGCUGACGAUGCACCAAUUUUGAGUUGGAUUGUGUUCGAGAGUGCUUUCUUGGGCAGUUUCUUUCCACGUGAGCUAAGAGAAGCCAAGAAAAAGAGACCGACUCCAUCAUCUGCUAGUGCACCUGCACCAAAUUACAAAGGUGAUUCUAGUAGUCAGAAUUCACAAAAUUUCAAAGCUAAACCUGCUGAGUCUCAGGGUGUUGUCGCACAAGGAGGCAAUUGGGCUCCUACAUGUGUUGCGCAAGGAAAUGGUAAUAGGGGCAAGAGAACACAAUCUUCUUCAGUUACUCCACCAGACAGGGCUACACCUAGAGGAGCCACUUCAGGGACUGGCGGAGAAGCAAACCGCUAA